CCAUACCUAGCCGUUGCGGCGAGGAUCUUCUUCUUCUUCCUCCUGCCAUUUCUUGGCAAGUUGCGAGUUCUUGGCAGCAGGAGGGUCUGGGGAUUGGGCAAGAAGAAGAGUUUAACCUGAGCUCGUGGUGAUACGGUGUGGCGGUGGUGGUGGAGGAGGAACAGUGGGUGGAUUGUACUUCCGGUGGUGGUUGGUGUCGCGUCGCUUUCCAAUCGGAGUUCUUGUGGACUUGCGGCGCGCGGCCGCCCGUCACCGUCGGUCCUCCCCCACGCAACCGCGCCGUCGCUUCUAAACUCCGGUCCGGAGGCGCCUGCUCCCGCUCCUGCGCCGGCAGAAGAUGGCGCUGCUCACGGCGCCGGCGGUCGCCGCCGUGCUGCUGCUCACCUGGGCGGCGUACGGGCAGGCCGACUACGUGCUGUACAAGGACGCCACCAAGCCGGUGGAGGCCCGCGUCAGCGACCUCCUGGGGAGGAUGACGCUCGCGGAGAAGAUCGGGCAGAUGACGCAGAUCGAGCGGCAGGUCGCGUCGCCGCAGGUGCUCCAGGACUACUUCAUCGGGAGCUUGCUUAGCGGCGGCGGGAGCGUGCCGCGGAAGCAGGCGACGGCGGCGGACUGGGUGACCAUGGUGAGCGACUUCCAGAAGGCGUGCCUCUCGACGCGGCUCGGCAUCCCGAUGAUCUACGGCAUCGACGCCGUGCACGGCCACAACAACGUCUACGGCGCCACCAUCUUCCCCCACAACGUCGGGCUCGGAGCCACAAGGGAUCCGAACCUGGUGAAGAGGAUCGGAGCAGCGACGGCGCUGGAAGUGAGGGCGACCGGCAUCCAGUACGCGUUCGCGCCGUGCAUCGCGGUGUGCAGAGAUCCGAGGUGGGGGCGGUGCUACGAGAGCUACAGCGAGGACCACCGCAUCGUGCAAGCCAUGACCGAGCUCAUCCCCGGCCUGCAGGGCGACGUCCCCGCCAACUUCCAGAGCGGCAUGCCCUACGUCGCCGGCAAGAACAAUGUGGCGGCGUGCGCGAAGCACUUCGUCGGCGACGGCGGCACGCAGAACGGGAUCAACGAGAACAACACCAUCAUCGACCGCCAGGGGCUGAUGAACAUCCACAUGCCGGCGUACCUGAACGCGCUCCAGAAGGGCGUGUCCACCGUCAUGAUCUCCUACUCGAGCUGGAACGGCAUCAAGAUGCACGCCAACCAUGACCUCAUCACCCGCUUCCUCAAGGACAGGCUCAAUUUUAAGGGCUUCACAAUCUCGGAUUGGGAGGGCAUUGACAGGAUCACAACACCUGCAGGGGCAAACUACUCCUACUCUGUCCAGGCUGGAAUUCUUGCUGGCAUUGACAUGAUUAUGGUGCCGAACAACUACCAGUCGUUCAUCAGCAUCCUGACUAGCCAUGUCAACAACAACAUUAUUCCGAUGAGCAGAAUCGACGACGCUGUCACUAGGAUUCUGCGCGUCAAGUUUACCAUGGGGCUCUUCGAGAACCCUAUGCCCGAUUCGAGCAUGGCUGAUCAGCUGGGAAAGAAGGAACACAGAGAUUUGGCACGGGAGGCAGUGAGGAAGUCGCUCGUGCUCCUGAAGAACGGCAAGACAAGUGGCAAGCCUCUGCUGCCGCUGUCCAAGAAGGCGCCCAAGAUCCUCGUCGCCGGCAGCCACGCCGACAACCUGGGCUACCAGUGCGGAGGCUGGACGAUCGAGUGGCAGGGGGACACCGGGCGGAUCACCGUCGGCACGACCAUCCUGGACGCCGUGAGGGCGGCGGUGGACCCGUCGACGACGGUGGUGUUCGCGGAGAACCCCGACGCGGCGUUCGUCAAGAGCGGCGGCUUCUCCUACGCCGUCGUGGUGGUGGGCGAGCACCCGUACACGGAGACCAAGGGCGACAGCCUGAACCUGACCAUCCCGGACCCGGGGCCGAGCACCGUCACGACGGUGUGCGGCGCCGUGCCGUGCGCCACCGUGCUGAUCAGCGGCCGGCCCGUGGUGGUGCAGCCGUUCCUGGACUCCACGGACGCGUUCGUCGCCGCGUGGCUGCCGGGCACCGAGGGGCAGGGCGUGGCCGACGUGCUGUUCGGCGACUACGGGUUCACCGGCAAGCUGCCGCGGACGUGGUUCAAGUCGGUGGACCAGCUGCCGAUGAACUACGGCGACGCGCACUACGACCCGCUGUUCCCGCUCGGGUUCGGGCUCACCACCCAGCCUAGGACCUACUAGCUAGCUUUAGCUGUAGCGACAGAUAGGAAAAGCUCAGACCGGGGAGUUCUUCCUCCCCGCGAU